GAGGGCGAACGCGGAGAUAGGCCAUGUCUGGCCCAAGUGACGAGACAGCAGGAGACCUGCCGGUGAAAGAUACAGGUCUAAACCUCUUUGGAGUUGGAGGGUUACAAGAAACCUCAGCUGCACGCACAAUAAAGGCUCGCCAGGCAGUGUCACGUGUCAGUCGUGAAGAACUGGAAGACAGAUUUUUGCGUUUGCAUGAUGAGAACAUUUUACUUAAACAGCAUGCCCGCAAGCAAGAGGAUAAAAUUAAAAGAAUGGCCACCAAGUUAAUACGGCUAGUUAAUGACAAGAAAAGAUCUGAGCGGGUUGGUGGCGGCCCCAAGCGGCUGGGACGAGAUGUGGAAAUGGAAGAAAUGAUUGAGCAGCUGCAAGAAAAAGUUCAUGAGCUUGAAAGACAAAAUGAAGUUCUCAAAAACAGGCUAAUAUCAGCCAAACAGCAGCUCCAGGUCCAGGGACACAGGCAGACAUCGUACAGUCGUGUGCAGGCUCGCAUUAACACCGGCCGCAGGAAAUCAAGUGCCAGUGCAGGCUUGCAGGAAUGCCCUGGGAAAGGUAUAAGAUUUCAAAAUGUAGAUGAAGCAGAAACUGUACAACCCACGCUCACAAAAUACAGCAAUAGUUUACUUGAAGAAGCCAGAGGAGAAAUAAGAAAUUUAGAAAAUGUUAUUCAGUCACAGAGAGGCCAGAUAGAAGAAUUAGAGCACUUGGCAGAGAUCCUGAAAGCUCAGUUAAAGAGAAAAGAAAAUGAAAUUGAGUUAUCUCUUCUUCAGCUUCGAGAGCAGCAAGCUACAGAUCAGAGGUCAAAUAUUCGGGACAAUGUAGAAAUGAUUAAGCUUCAUAAACAACUAGUGGAGAAAAGCAAUGCUCUUUCAGUCAUAGAAGGAAAAUUUAUUCAGCUUCAAGAGAAGCAAAGAACACUCAGAAUCAGCCAUGAUGCCUUGAUGGCCAAUGGAGAUGAGCUAAACAUGCAGCUUAAGGAGCAGCGUCUGAAGUGCUGCAGCCUUGAAAAACAGCUGCACUCGGCGAGGCUUUCAGAAAGGAGAGUAGAGGAGCUGCAGGAUAGAAUUAAUGAUUUAGAAAAGGAGCGAGAACUUUUAAAGGAAAACUAUGAUAAACUUUAUAACAGUGCCUUCAGUGCUGCCCAUGAAGAACAGUGGAAGUUAAAGGAGCAGCAGAUGAAAGUGCAGAUUGCUCAGCUCGAAACUGCCUUAAAAUCUGAUCUUACAGACAGAACCGAAGUCCUUGACAAAUUAAAGACUGAAAGAGACCAAAAUGAGAAACUAGUUCAAGAAAAUAGAGAUCUACAGCUGCAGUGUCUCCAGCAAAAGCAGCAGCUGCAUGAGCUUCAGAACCGCAUGAAGUUCUUCAACCAGGAGAGUGACAUCAAUGCUGAUGACAUCAGUGAAGCGCUCCUGCUUAUAAAGGCUCAGAAAGAACAAAAAAAUGGAGAUCUUUCAUUUUUAGAAAAAGUGGACACCAAAAUUAAUAAAGAUCUAGAUCGUUCCAUGAAAGAGCUUCAAGCAACUCAUGCAGAAACAGUACAAGAACUUGAAAAGACAAGAAAUAUGUUAAUUAUGCAACAUAAAAUAAAUAAAGACUAUCAGAUGGAAGUUGAAACAGUGACUCAGAAGAUGGAAAAUUUGCAACAAGAUUAUGAACUCAAAGUGGAACAAUAUGUUCAUCUUCUUGAUAUCAGGGCUGCACGCAUCCAAAAGCUUGAAGCCCAGUUAAAGGAUAUUGCCUAUGGCACUAAGCAGUACAAAUUUAAACCAGAAAUCACUCCAGAUGACUCUGUUGAUGAAUUUGAUGAAACCAUCCACCUGGAACGAGGAGAAAAUCUGUUUGAAAUCCACAUCAACAAAGUCACCUUUUCUUCUGAAGUCCUGCGGACUUCUGGUGAUAAAGAGCUUGUCACCUUCUGUACCUACGCCUUCUAUGACUUUGAGCUGCAGACAACUCCCAUCGUGCGAGGCCUUUACCCGGAAUAUAACUUCACUUCUCAGUAUCUUGUCCAUGUCAAUGACUUAUUUUUGCAGUACAUUCAGAAGAACACUGUCACUCUGGAGCUCCACCAAGCCUACAGCACAGACUAUGAAACAAUUGCAGCAUGUCAGUUGAGAUUCCAUGAGAUUCUAGAAAAAAGUGGCAGAAUUUUUUGCACAACAAGCUUAGUUGGAACUAAAGGAGACAUCCCAAAUUUUGGCACAGUAGAAUACUGGUUCCGAUUAAGAGUUCCCAUGGAUCAAGCUAUUCGACUUUAUCGAGAGCGGGCAAAGGCAUUGGGAUACAUAACAUCAAAUUUUAAGAAGCCAGAGAAAAUGCAAUUGUUGAGUCAGCCAGCAGCCACAACUGCUCAGAUCAGUUCAGCGGAGUCUACAGAUGGCAACUUAAAUGAACUUCAUGUUACAGUAAGAUGUUGCACCGACCUACAGUCCCGAGCAAGCCACCUACAGCCACACGCAUAUGUUGUGUACAAGUUUUUUGAUUUUCCAGACCAUGAUACAGCCAUUAUUCCCAGUAGCAAUAAUCCACAAUUUGAUGACCACAUGUGUUUCCCAGUGCCAAUGAAUAUGGAUUUGGAUCGAUACCUUAAGUCAGAGUCUCUGAGUUUUUAUGUUUUUGAUGAUAGUGAUACCCAGGAGAAUAUUUACAUCGGAAAAGUCAAUGUGCCUCUGAUUUCCCUGGCACAUGACAGGUGCAUCUCAGGAAUAUUUGAGUUAAUGGAUAAGGAAAAGCAUGCUGCAGGAACUAUCCAAGUUAUAUUGAAAUGGAAAUUCACUUACCUUCCACCAAAUGGAUCAAUAACUACUGAAGACCUUGGAAAGUUCAUUUGCAGAGAAGAGCCAGAGGCCAUUCAGAGACUACCUCCAACGUCCUCAGAAGUUACAUCAGUUGUAGCACCAAAACCUAAACCAAGACAGCGUUUAACACUUGUAGACAAAAAGGUCUCUUUUGUGGAUACCAUAUCACACCCAAGUCCUGAGACUUCUCCUUUCCCUAAAGAUAUAAAGGACAAUUCUCUAGAAGUGGAAACAAAACCAGGAAAUAGUAUGCCAGCUGUUGCAUAUCCUUCCAAGGAAAGUGGUGUAGCUAAGGUAGAAGACAACGUGGGGAAAAUGCACCAAGGAAAGGAAGAUGACAUCUCUUUCCUAUCUGAGGGCCAGCUUGCAUCGCAGAGUGUGGCUUCCUCUGAAGAUGAAACAGAAAUAACUGAAGAACUGGAGCCAGAAGAUGAAGACAGAUCAGCUUCAGACAGUGAUGACUGUAUCAUUCCAAGGUCUGUCUCCACGAAUACCAAACAGGCAUCAGAAGAAAUUCGGAUUGAGAUCAUAGCUCUGAACCUAAAUGAUUCUCAAAUAACCAGGGAGGACACUAUUCAGCGACUGUUCAUCGAGUACCGGUUCUACAGUCUUCCUGCUGAGGAGACUCCUAUGUCACUGCCCAAACCCAAGAGUGGACAGUGGGUCUACUAUAACUAUACCAAUGUGAUCUACCUGGAUAAAGAAAACAACUCAGCAGCGAGAGACAUCUUAAAAGCCAUACUGCAAAGGCGAGAACAGCCUCACAGAAGUGUGCGCUUCACCGUGGUCAGUGAUCCUCCCGAGGAUGAGCAGGACCUAGAAUGUGAAGACAUUGGCGUUGCUCAUGUUGACCUCGCUGACAUGUUUCAGAAAGGAAGAGAUAUCAUUGAGCAAGAUAUUGAUGUUCUUGAUGCCCGAACAGACGGUGGCACCAUCGGCAAGCUGAAGGUGACGGUGGAAGCACUCAAUGCCCUACAGUCUGUCUACGAGCAAUACAGAAAGGACUUGGAGGCUUGAGAGAAACUGUUCCAGAGGCAUCCUACUUCUAAGAAAAUGCUCACAUGAAAGUUCAAAGAUGAGAUUUUGAGUAAUCACUCUGGUGUAUGUAAUCUAUAAUUCAUGGGGAGCUGGGAGGGAGCGCCUGGGUUUAGGCUUGAAAGUUCAAGUUUUGUAUAGUUUUUGUGUUUGUUUAUUUCUCUAUCCACUCCUCCCCAUGACUGCUACCCCUUAGGACUUCAGUGCUCCUAAGUGGGCUACCUUAUCAAUAAUUUAUAGCAACAUGAUAGCAUGAAACAUCUAUUUGCAUUUGCAACAUUUUCUUAUGAAGAACUGGGAGUAGUUCCCAUUUUUAUUUUUCAUAAGUAAAAGCCUAAAAUCUUAGGAAACCAAUGAAAAAGAAAUGCUUUUUAUGUUAUCCCUAAUUGUCCCACUAAAUGGAACGUCUCUGAUCAGCCUCAUUAA